AUGAGUUCUUGCAGCAACGUCUGUGGGUCCAGGCAGGCACAGGCUGCUACAGAGGCCGGGCGCCAGCGCUACGGAGUCCGGUCCUACCUGCACCAGUUUUAUGAGGACUGUACCACUUCCAUCUGGGAGUAUGAGGAUGAUUUCCAGAUCCAGAGAUCACCCAACAGGUGGAGCUCAGUAUUCUGGAAGGUCGGACUCAUCUCGGGCACAGUCUUCGUGAUUCUCGGAUUGACUGUCUUGGCAGUGGGCUUUCUUGUGCCCCCCAAAAUCGAAGCCUUUGGCGAGGCCAACUUCGUGGUGGUGGACACGCACGCUGUCCAGUUUAACGGAGCCCUUGACAUGUGCCAGCUGGCGGGCGCUGUGCUCUUCUGCAUAGGGGGCACAUCCAUGGCAGGGUGCCUGCUGAUGUCAGUGUUAGCAAAAAGCUACUCCAAAGAAGAGAAAUUCCUUCAGCAAAGGUUUAAAGAGCGAAUCGCAGACAUCAAGGCCCACACUCAGCCCAUCACAAGAGCUCCAGGCCCGGGAGAAACAAAGAUACCAGUCACUUUGUCCAGGGUUCACAAUGUCCAGCCCUUAGCGGCAACCUGA